GAGGCUGGCGUGAGCAGUGGGAAGGUUCGCAUCCUGGAUUGCGUGCAGAGUCUGUGGGAGAGCGUCCACAAGCAACAGUCGCUUGCAGAUGCAAAGCUGCUGGUCAAGGAGUCGCCAGACCGAUCCCCCAUCGUUCUGACGGCACAUUCCUGGAUCUUGAAGCAGGCUUGCCCGGGAAUGGCCUUGAACGAGGACAAGGAGGUGGAGAUUCGCAACACGCGGGACGUGGUGCAAAACUUCUUGUCCCUGGUCUACUCGGGCUGCUAUCUUGAGGGUCGGCCCACUUUGGACGUGCUGCUGGAGAUCUGCAUUCUCGCAGACAAGAUGAAAGCCUGGACAAUUCUUCGGCCCCUCAUCGGACAAGUUCGGGAGGAGCUUGCCCUCACAACCUUCGCUCAGAUCUGCACUGUUGCCAUCUCGAAUGAGAACGCGUACUUGCUCAUCGAUUGCCAAAAAUUCCUGGAGCGGUCUGCCCCUCUGGAGGAUGCCUGGGUCGCUGGCCUGCCAAGACAGGUGCGGGACUUCAUCCAAGAAACAUUGGGCUGGCGCGCCCAGCAGAUGCAGCAGGCAUGUUUGGUGCCAGUGGCUUCCAUCACAGGGCACAAGGGACUGGUCACAAGCAAGCCGGAGCGGCUGCAAAGCAAGACGGGGCUUCGUGGCGGUGCCAUGGCCCGGCAGCCGCCCCCGCCGCCCAAGCCUCAGAGGACCCGUGGCGCUGCUGGGAAGGCUGCUGAUCUCGAGCAUUUCCUGCAGAAGUCGGAUGCACUGCGCAAAGCGGGCAACUACAAAGAAGCCAUCCAGGUCUUGGAUCGGGCCCUUCUCCUGGACCCGCAAUGCACGCAGGCUUUGUCUGCGCGUGGUGCAGCUCGCCGGGCAUUGCUACAGCGAGAAGAGGCGUUAGCCGACUACUCUGCUGCCAUCGCGCUCGAGCCAAAGAGGGCUGCCUUCAUCAGCAGCCGUGGAACUGUCAAGAGCGAGCUUGGAUGGUACAGAGAUGCCGUAGCCGACUUCAUGACAGCCUUGAAGCUGGAACCUGACUACAAGGUUGCCAAGUUCGGCAUGGAGUUGGUGAAAACACAGCAAAAGGACGGACCUUUGCGAAUGGUCGUUCUCUGUGGCUUCAAGAACAUGAGCUGCAUGAACAUGACCUAUGUAGAGCGACGCCAGAGGGAUUCGCUCAUCCAUGGCAGAGAGUCGUUCUGGUCCUUGAACAACCAGUAUGUCCUCUAUUUCAGCACUCAGGAGAACCGCUGGAAGGGAUGCCGAGCCAUUGACGUCCCACGUAUCACCACGGAGGCUUCGCCGGCUUGCGUCGGAGCGCCUGAGCACACCCACCUGUUGUCGCCGAGCCUGCGGAAAGGCUGGUUCGAGUGGUCCGGCAGGCACUGGGUUAAGGUUCCCGAUGCUGGAGUCUUCAACGUCGGCCCGGUGGUUGCAGCGCUUCGCAUCGUGACGCUGCAGGGCUUUGGGCGGCAUGCAGUGAACACCAGCUUCAUGGAGCGGAGACAGCUGGAGUUCACGGUUAACAGCCGCGAGACAUACUGGUCGGUGGAUGAGGCGCUCUUCAUCUACUGGUGCCCUCGCGAGGCACGGUGGCGAGGCACCCGGCAGCAGGACCUUGAGAAGAUCCAGAAAGGAGAAUCGGUGGCGCUUUUUGGGGCCCCACGAGGAAGCGAUAUCCUUUCCCUGAAGAAAGGAUGGCACGAGCUUCAAAACAAGGAGUGGGUGACCCAUUCCUAUGCAGGCACAGUGAUCGACAAGCGGUCCCUGUGCAAGCGCACCGUGAUGCUGGCUGGCUUCUCAAUAGCGGGCCUGAACGGCAUGUACGUGGAGAGCCGCAAGAAGGAGCUGAUGGUCAAUGACCGCGAGAUCUACCACUCAAACAGCGAGUCCGAAGAGACCCGCCACUUCCUCUACUGGUCCAAGGCCGAGUCGAGAUGGAAGGGGUCGCUCUUCAGCAACCUGCAGCUCAUCCAGGAGGGAAGGAGCUUGGCUGUGAUCGGUGCUCCGCAGAAUGCGGACCUCCUGGAUCCGGCGCUGCUCCGCGGAUGGCACGAGUGGGCAGAUGGCACCUGGGUGUACCGAGCCCUUGCCGGUGUGGCUUUGCUUGGUUCCUUAGGAGAAGACCUGGUCGUUAAAGACAAGGCUUUGAGAAAUCAGGAUGUGGAGGGAACGAAGAAGCGGAAGCGGGACGACGAGGCGCCCAGACAGAGCUCACCUCGAGAGGAGCUGAUCAAGGAUCGCGGGAGUGUUUGA